AUGUCAGGUGUUGCAGAUGGGUUGUCAUGGAGUCAGCCGACUGGCCAUGUCGCAGUGCCAUCAUAUUUUUGGCCUCAAGGCCAGACAGAGCCACAUGCACGACAAUCUCAGUCCCCCAUCACACCUUUGACGAUCCCACAUGGCCUCCCUGAGUUUUAUCAUGUGUCACAGCGAGCAGCUAGGAGUGGUACUCCGACAGUUACUCCUAGCCCGACUGUGUCACAGCCAUCGACAUCAUCUACUCCACAUGAUGGGACAUCGGAGCGUGAAGAAAGUAGCUUUGAUUCUGACGAAGAACGUCCCAAAAAAGGAGACCCUCCACAGGUUUUGAAUUUUGAUAUGAAUGGUCGUCUCAUAAUCGAGCCAGUUGGAUACACCUUCUAUCCAGGCAAAGCAACUAAAAAUAUUUCAAAGAUGAUCAAAGGACUCUAUAGAGGCGCCGUUCCGUCUUGAGGCAAGGUGCCAGUGAAACUGAAGAAGCAGAUAUUUCUCGAGUUUAGGGUAUUUAAUAUUUGUAGUAAAAUACUAUAUGUUGAUUGUUUAUGGGGUAUUCCUUUAAUAUGCUCCCUAAUUAUAUUAAUUUCUUUGCAGACAAAGUGUUCCUAGAAGCCGGAACAUCAUGAUUUAGUAGCGCAGAACUUUGAGAAAAAAGCGGCGAAAAUACUUAAGGAUGCGUUACUUAGAGCUCGUAAUAAUUGCGUGCAGCCUGAUUGGAUCCAAGAUGAAUGGUGGAAGGACCUACUGCACUACUGGGCAACUGAUCCGACUUUUUUGAAACGAAGUGAAAAUGGGAAGGCCGCUAGAGCCU